ACUGUCAACUGUCAAUGCCAUUUGCUUGAAAACAUAUGACACGUAGCGUAUAAACAAUGUUAAAAGUUUAUUUAUUAUCUCAAAGAAAAUGCUGUAAAGUAAAUUAAACCGAUUAUUUAAAACCCUAUUCUGUGAUAAAAAUGAAUUCUUCCAAAGAGACUAUAAUAAAAAUUGAUAACUCGACAAGCAGUAAAGACAGUUCAAGCACUGAGAUUAAUAUAUUAUGCUUCAAUAUUACUCCAUACAGUCAACUUGUACAGUUUAUGUGCUGCUCUGCUUUCGUAUUUGUAUGUUAUUUAGCAUAUGGGUACUUCCUCGAGCUUAUAUUCUCCAAAGCGGAGGUAAAACCAGUCAGUCUCUAUAUAACAUUUGUUCAAUUUUUAAUCACAAUGCUGCUAAGUUAUGUUGAGUCUUUGAUAAGAAAUCCAAUCAAAAGGAAGGUACCAUUAAAAACCUAUGCAGUUUUAGCUGCAUUAACAUUAGGGACAAUGUCUCUGUCAAAUUUAGCACUUAGUUACCUGAAUUAUCCAACUCAAUUGAUAUUCAAGAGUUGCAAGCUCAUCCCUGUGAUGAUAGGCAGUAUUAUUAUUUUGGGCAAGAGGUACGGCUUCCUAGACUAUGUAGCAGCAAUUGUAAUGUGCAUUGGUUUGACAAUGUUUACUUUAGCUGAUUCAAAAACAUCCCCCAACUUUGAUGCUGUUGGUGUCCUGGUUAUUUCAUUAGCGCUACUUUGUGAUGCAAUAAUCGGGAACGUCCAGGAGAAAGCAAUGAAACAAUUCUUUGCUACAAACAAUGAAGUGGUGUUUUACUCAUAUGCAAUCGCUUGCUGCUAUCUUCUGGUUAUCACAGGUGCUACUGGAAUUUUUGUCAAUGGAUUCACUUAUUGUUCCCAGAAUUCAAUAUCAAUGUACACUAACAUAUUCCUGCUGAGUGUGAGCGGCUACAUGGGUCUACAGGCUGUGCUCACACUGGUCAGGAUCUGUGGAGCCACCGUCGCUGUGACAGUCACCACUAUGAGGAAAGCACUCUCCAUUGUUAUAUCGUUCUUAUUGUUCAGCAAACCCUUUGUCUUCCAGUAUGUUUGGUCGGGAAUGUUAGUAGCGCUUGCAAUAUAUUUAAACCACUACAGUAAGAAACACCCUCAGUACGUGCCUCAGCCAGUGCGCUUGUGUUGCCAUUACUUGCAGAAUUUCUACCAAUCUGAAUAUAAAUAUCUUAAAAUAAAGAGUAAAAUUUAUGCAGAUACAGUUUGACUAAGUACUAUUAGUUAAUUUUUGUAUACAAGAAAUAUUUAUCUAUAAUAGCCUAAUUUUUUUUUGUUAUAAGUAUAGUUUGUUUAAGUAAGUCAAUAUCUAAAUGUGUUGCCACAACUAUCGUAGUAUUUAAAAAAAAUAUUUUUAUUACUGUAUAUGUUAGUUUUAUUUCUAUUUGUGUCUACUAAGUA